AUGACAAACUACCGCGACUCGCAUUCUUCGCCGACCCCCGGGGCAAGUCCAGGAACUCCCGACUCGCCCAUCCCAGCUUCUACUUUGAACCACCCCUCGCAUUCAUACUCGCGUAACAGCGAGUCUACCAUGAGCUCACGUACGGAUCGCAGUUCUUCUGGCUUAUCUGCAGGUCGCACGAGCCAGUUGCUCUUGCGUGAGGAACCAUUGAACCAGACGAUCGCUCUCAUGAGUAUCCGGGACGAACCCUCGUCUUCUCCCACCAACGACUGUCGUUUGCGUACCAAACCCCAAGAGACAACUGUCACCGAGAACUGCUUCGCGCCCCUUCGCGGCCACAGCUCGGACGACGUCGCCCGAGAGUGGACCGACCACCCAGGAUCGGUCAAGGAUGAAAACGAGAAGCCCUCGGCUCCCGACAAGAACUCGGACCAAGAAAGCGAUGCUGAGCAAGAGACCGUUGAGCCUGAAGACGAGGCACCCAUCCCUCAGGAGGACCGCAUCAGAGGAGAGCCUCAGGCUUGCCUUUUUGUUGCAAGCCUGGCUGCAGUCCGGACCGAUGCCCAGUUGGUCGAAUCGGUCACCGAACACUUUCAGAAGUGGGGCACUUUGAUGAAUGUCAAGGUCUUGAAGGACUGGAUGCAGCGACCCUACUCGUUUGUCCAGUUUGAGAACAUUGAAGACGCGCAAAGGGCAAUGGUCGAGGCCCACAACACGAUCGUUGACGGAAGACACAUACGUAUUGAGCAGGCACGCGUCAACCGCACCUUAUUUAUUCUCCGUUUCUCUCGCGGCACGACUGAGCAGGACCUAAUUGACGUCCUCGAGCAAUACGGACCGGUUGAGGACGUGUCAAUCUUCCACGAUCCGCGCCCAACUUCAAGACACAAGCGCUACGCCUUUGCCAAGUUUUCUUAUCGUGAUGACGCCAUUAAGGCCUACAUCGCUCUUCGCCCCAUCUCUCAUUGGACAAUCGAGUGGGCGCCUAACCUUUCAAGCCAGAACCAGAUCGAAAAGGAGUCGGUCUUUGUGGGUCAGCUGAACCCCGACCUGGCGACCGAAGCCCACCUCCACGAGCGUUUCCAGGACUACGGUAGCAUCAAGAACAUCCACCUGGUCAAGAGAAGCAAGGUGGGCGCUGGUCGCGCCACUGCCUUUGCUUUCAUCGAGUUUGACAGCGAGCAAGCUGCCCGACGUGCAAUUGAUCACGAGAAUAACACGCAGUUCUUGGAGACAACAAUCCGUGUCCAGCAUCGAGAGACAAGCGAGUAUCGCGUACAGCGCCAGAACGCAGCGAUGCAGGCAGCCAGGAAUCUGGUCGACGUUCCAGAUAUGCCUCGUGCCCCCGGAGCCCCCGCAGGACCUCAAGGCCAUGGAUACGGGCACGGAUAUCCUUCCUCUCGAGGACCGAACGUUGGACGACCAAUGUACUACACUCCCUACUAUGGGUACCCUGGAAUGCUCAUGCCUCACGGAUUCUAUGGCCCGCCUCCGCCACAACCAGAAACAAUGAUGGGUCAACCAGUUGUUCCUCCCCGUGGCUCUCCUUCAUCGACUGAGGCUGGACAGCCGUACUACCCUGCGCAUGGAGUUUACAACAAGCAGAGAAUUCAGCAAGGUCCCGAGCAAUAUGGAUCGAGCCGGGACUCUGGACAAGGUCAGCGUGGCGUAGGCAACUACGACUACCAUGGUAGUGAUUAUGGUCAAGGAUCCGAGGGAAUGUACUACCCUCCUCCAGGCCCUGGCGGCCCCGGCUCGAUGUACAGUAUGUACGAGCAGCACACUCCCUCGGGUGCGCCUCCAGUCUCGGGCCUCUCUGCCGCAGGAACUCAUGGUUCUCCUCAUCCUCCCGUGCCCGCGCCUGUCUGGUACGCUCCUCCCAUGACUGGAGGAAGCGGAAUGGCCAGACGACCUGGUCUGCUCGAGGUCUCGGCGGUGGUCCCCCUUCGCUAUGCUUCGGGAGCACAGAACCGUGGUGGCCCUGAGAGUUCCUCCCCGUCCUCUCGUGCCUCUGACACCCGUGGUCCUGCACGCAAGUCAAACUAA